AUAGAAUCCUAGACCUGAGAACACAAAAACCAUGGUGUCACCAAUCUCACACUUGCCACUUCUACUCCUCCUAUUGUCAGUUUCAUUGACAAAUUCAGCUUCAGUUCAAGAAAGUUUUGUCCAAUGUCUCAACAAGAAUACGGACAGAACAAUUCCAUUUGAUUCAUUAAUUUACACUCCAAGCAACCCUCAAUUCCCAAGCAUCCUUGACUCCUCUGCUCAGAACCUAAGGUGUUUGGUGCCUUCAGCUCCAAAACCCGAGUUCAUAUUCACACCCUCCAGUGAUUCCCAAGUCCAAGCAGCUGUAAAAUGCUCCAAGAAACUUGGGGUCCAUCUUAGAGUACGAAGUGGUGGCCAUGACUAUGAAGGAAUCUCAUAUGUUUCUGAAAUUGAAAGCCCCUUCAUAGUUGUCGAUUUGGUCAAACUUCGUAGCAUCAAUGUUGAUAUUAAGAGCACCACUGCUUGGGUCCAAGCUGGUGCCACAACUGGUGAACUCUAUUAUAGAAUAUAUGAGAAAAGUUCAGUUCAUGGUUUCCCUGCAGGACUUUGCUCAAGCAUAGGAAUUGGUGGGCACAUUACAGGAGGUGCAUAUGGAGCCAUGAUGAGAAAGUAUGGCCUUGGAGUUGAUAAUGUUCUAGAUGCUCACAUCGUUGAUGCCAAUGGAAGAAUUCUUGAUAGGAAAGCCAUGGGAGAGGACCUGUUUUGGGCUAUAAGAGGAGGUGGAGGUGGAAGCUUUGGUAUCCUUCUUUGGUGGAAGAUAAAGCUUGUUCCUGUGCCACCAACUGUGACAGUUUUUACAGUUACCAAAACCCUUGAGCAAGGUGCUACCAAGCUUCUUCACAGAUGGCAGGAAGUGGCACCUUACAUUGAUGAAAACCUCUUUAUAAGAGUCAUCAUUCAACCGGCUAGUGCAGGAAACAAAACUCAAAGAACUAUCACAACUUCUUACAAUGCUCUCUUCCUUGGUGAGGCCAGAAAACUCCUUCAAGUGAUGAAGACAAGCUUUCCUGAGUUGGGUUUGACAAGAAAGGAUUGCUUGGAAACUAGCUGGAUCAAAUCUGUGCUCUAUAUUGCAGGCUUUCCAAGUGACACACCCCCUGAAGUUUUGCUUAAAGGGAAAUCAACAUUCAAGAACUUCUUCAAGGCCAAGUCAGAUUUUGUGAGAGACCCAAUACCAGAAACCGGACUUGAGGGAUUGUGGCAAAGGUUGCUCGCAGAAGACAGCCCCUUAAUGAUUUGGAACCCAUAUGGUGGGAAAAUGAGCCAAUUUUCAGAAUCUGACACACCAUUUCCCCACAGAAAUGGAACAUUAUACAAAAUACAGUACCUGUCUUUAUGGCAAGAUGGAGACAAGAAUGCUGAAAAGCACAUAGAUUGGAUUAGGAAGCUUUACAACUACAUGGGUCCCUAUGUGUCCAACUUCCCAAGGGAAGCAUAUGUGAAUUACCGGGAUCUUGAUUUGGGAAUGAACACCAAGAAUAGCACAAGCUACAUACAAGCACGUACUUGGGGUCAAAGGUAUUUCAAGAAUAACUUUGCCAGAUUGGUAAAGAUAAAAACCAAAGUGGAUCCUCAAAAUGUCUUUAGGCAUGAGCAGAGCAUCCCACCACUUCCAGUAUGAACGUGAAAUGCAAGAAAUGGAAAUAAGGCACUGUGUUGCUAGAAUCAUUAUUAGACUGGUAUUUAUAAACUUGUGAAAGGGUUGAUUAGCUAGUUUAGAACAAUAAGGAUACAUUUACAUUUGUUACUUUGUUUUUGGUCUAUUAAUGCUGUAAGAUACUGAUUAAGUGCCUAAUUGUUUGUGGUGUUUGUGAUUUGUGUAUUUCACAAGAUUAUAUGAGUGACUGAGGUGUUGUUU